ACAAGUGCUGUUUACACGUUGCAGCAGUGCCUGAAGUAUACACUGUUUCUUGUGUCUGACCAGCCAGCCCUUUUCCAACCUCACACUUGUAGCAGGAAUUGCUUGACUGGCCAGUGGCCACUGUACAGGACAUGUCCUACUCAUUGCAUGCACACAACUCUCUCCACCAAGACCCACGCACGCAUCCACCGAGUGCAGACAAAUGUAAUCAGCUGCUAGAGGCUUUGGCACAGUUUCACAAUUUAAUUUGUUUCACAACGGGUGAAUGAUGCUUUACAGCAAUCCACUGCACUGUACUGCUCCUGAUGUUCAUUCCUGAGCAGCAUGUCAAUCUACGUACUCACACACCCACCUCAGCACCCUGCUUGUUGCCUGUAAGGCACUCAGCAAACACCUGUUGCAGUUGAAUUGAACAUCAUCAAAGAAAAGCAAUCUACCAAUGAUGGCGACCUGUCUACAGCUUGCCUGCUCUCACUGGCCAGAGAAGAAAUCGAAUUUAAAUAUAAGCACCCCACAGAGGGUUUCUUGUGUCUGCAAAAGGCUUAGACACAUUAUGUCCGGGUGGUGCUUCCUACCACCAAUCAAUAAAUCGGUCAUCAAAUGGUGAAGCCCCAAGCGAGCAUAUCCCCAAAGAGGUCAUUCCAAAUGUUUUCAGCAAAACAAUCAACCUACCCCUAUCUUACUUCCGUGCCACAC